CAUUUUCCGUCGUCAGUUAGUUAGCACCAUUUUGUAAGGAAAGGAGAGAGGGAGAAUAGGCUGGCCUCAGUUUAUAUAUUUUUAAGCAGAUACUGUUUUAAUCACUGUAGCUAGCUAGUGUAGUUCGUAUUUUAGUAGUAUCCGUAAGAGCAAGGUGAAAUAAAACAUCUAGUGAGUAGUGGAUCCACAUCUGUCGGUUGCAACUAGCUUUAACUGGUCUAUCGCUCAAGCUAACGAGCUUGCUAGCAAAGUGAUACACGAGUAUUCGAAAAACAAGCAACGAUCAAAGAGUUCCAGUGAAGUCAAAAUGAGUGCUCCCUCCUCCCAAAAAGUCGUGCUGAAAAGCACCACCAAGCAGUCCCUGAAUGAGCGGUGAGACGCGCUACGCACCCUGACAGCACUAAGCGAGGCGAAGGUCGAAAAAGUGGUACAGACGGCCCUAGUGUGCUCUACUACGGAAGGCCACUGUUGGGGACCAGACCUGGACGCUAGACUGCCCGGGGCAGACGUGUGCGCUGCUCACUCAAAAUGCAUGCCAUAUUCACCGUUUACUGACAUUAGAAGUUUGGCGUGUCUUUUGUGUGAGCAGCGCACACUUAGACCCAAGGAGAGAGGGUAACAGUGAUGCUUGCUUCACUACCAUGCUGAAGAACAAGGCGCCGACAGCGGUGAGUGUGCGAGCAACCAUGCAGCAGCAACACAUGGCCAGUGCCCGCAACCGCCGGCUCGCCCAGCAAAUGGAGAACAGGCCCUCUGUGCAGGCUGCUCUGCACCACAAGCAGAGCCUGAAGCAGCGCCUGGGGAAGAGCAACAUCCAGGCCAGGCUGGGCCGGCCCAUUGGGGCCUUGAUGCGGGGGGGUACUGGCGGCCGGGGUUUCGCUGUUGGAGGGAUGCGGGGGAUGACGAGAGGAGGCCUGCGAGGCCGCGGCAGAGGAGGAGCCUUAAGGGGCGCUAUGGCUCUGAGAGGGAAUCGCCUUUCCCCAGGCAUGGGCAUGAUGCGUGGCAGAGGGGGUCCAGGCCGUGUGGCCCUCCGUAGGGGGAUGCGUCAAAGAGGGGCUGCUGGUCGUGGAGGUGCCUUUGGCCGAGGAGCUGGAAGAGGAGUGGGAGCCAGGGGACGAGGUGGUCUACGUGGGCGUGGUGGCUUCGCUGGCAGGGGUGGUGGCCGCAGUCGCGGGGGUGGAAGAGGAGGUCGCGGCAGGGGUGGUGGCCCAGGAAUGACCCGCGAGCAGCUGGACAACCAGCUUGACGCCUACAUGUCCAAGACCAAGGGCAACCUGGACGCUGAGCUGGACGCAUACAUGGCCCAAGCUGACCCAGAGGGCAUGGAGUGAACCAGGACCUCCACUGUGAGAGUAGGGACUCCUUCAACAGGCCCACACUGAGACAGUACUGAUAACAUGAAAGACGCAGAGAGAAGCUUGUAUAGUACUAUUACACCACACAAAUGUAAUGAUAAACGCACUUACAUAAACUCUGUGCACUGUCUCACAUUACAUGGCUAAAAUUUGAUGUGAUCACAACCUCUGCUUGAAUAUAAAAAAAACAUUCACUGACACACAUGCAUACAAACACACUUGUUCUAAAAUUGUGGGCCUAUGAAGAGAACUGUUCGAAAUUGAACUUUUUCCUGAAUGUGGACAUGACCAUUCUAUCAGUAUCAGUACAAAGUAGACUCGCACCUGCACAGUUUGAAACCUUUUUCCUGUGUGUGCAUGAAGAACGCAAAGAUCUUUUAAACUUGGAAUGGACGACACUGACCGGAGUAGACUUCAAGAACCAACAUUAUCAACGCUCCUGAAAUGCCUGCUUUUUGGACCAGAGGAAUGGACGACACUGACCGGAGUAGACUUCAAGAACCAACAUUAUCAACGCUCCUGAAAUGCCUGCUUUUUGGACCAGAGGAAUGGACGACACUGACCGGAGUAGACUUCAAGAACCAACAUUAUCAACGCUCCUGAAAUGCCUGCUUUUUGGACCAGAAUCUCUUGGGAGAAUCUGUUUUGAAGCUGAAUUGGGACUAUUACCGAACUUUGCAUCUGUGUCCAUAUGGUUAAAAGUGCUUUAGCUCCAUCGUGUCUAACUAGCAUCCACUUCUUAUAUUUCGUAAACCUAUUUUUUACUACUGUGUUUUUAUGUUAGGAUUUGUAUUUAGUAUUGGAUGCUCCUUUUACUGUGUUAGCAGAAGUGUACAAAGACUUGACUCGAGUAGAAAAAAAUCGAAUGAAAAUUACAAGGGGAAUUCUAGAAAAAUCUUUUGUGUUUUUAUUCUAUUUAACGCCACCAACUUAAGCUUUGCUUCUGGAGAAUUGAAGUAUGUUGCUGUCUUUGGUUGAAACUCCCCUAACAGCAUUUAAUGGAUGCUCGUCAUACCAAAUAAGCAACUACACGAGAUGCUAAAUAUUUCAAUCCAAGUUGCAAAGGUGUGCGAGUGGUCUUCCCCCCCUGGUGUCAAUUGUAAGAAUUUGAGGUUGUCUUUAAAAAAAACUGGUUGUUGUACACUACUCAAAUAAAGUGAGUGAAAAUGUUUUCAGAUUGUGUCCAUCUGGAUGAAACUAAACUCCAAAUGCUAUGUAAUUCCCUCCUUCCAACUGGUUAUUGUCAUAGAAUAGAGAAUAAACGUUCUUCUUUUAACAUCGUA